UGAGGACUGGUGAAAUGUACACACUGGAAUAGUACAAGAACAACUUUUCGUUUUCUGAGAACGUUCUCCUGCUGAAGCUUGGCAGUGCACGCGUCGCCCCUUCUUAAUUCCGAAAGAGCAGGUUGAUAUGUCAGACCUCUCCCCAGAGGAGCAAUGGAGGGUCGAACAUGCACGAAUGCAUGCCAAACAUCGUGGCCACGAAGCCAUGCACGCUGAAAUGGUCCUCAUCCUCAUUGCUACCUUGGUGGUGGCCCAGCUGCUCCUGGUACAGUGGAAACAGAGGCACCCCCGUUCUUACAAUAUGGUGACCCUCUUUCAGAUGUGGGUUGUCCCCCUCUAUUUCACAGUGAAGCUGCGCUGGUGGAGGUUCUUGGUGAUCUGGAUCUUCUUCUCUGCGGUCACAGCCUUUGUCACCUUCCGAGCCACAAGGAAGCCUCUAGUACAGACAACCCCAAGGUUGGUUUAUAAAUGGUUCCUGCUAAUCUAUAAAAUUAGCUAUGCCACUGGCAUUGUUGGCUAUAUGGCUGUCAUGUUUACCCUCUUUGGUCUUAACUUAUUAUUCAAGAUUAAACCAGAAGAUGCGAUGGACUUUGGUAUUUCUCUUCUCUUCUAUGGACUUUACUAUGGAGUCCUUGAACGGGACUUUGCAGAAAUGUGUGCAGACUAUAUGGCAUCAACCAUAGGGUUCUACAGUGAAUCGGGCAUGCCUACCAAGCACCUCUCAGACAGCGUGUGUGCUGUGUGUGGGCAGCAGAUCUUUGUGGAUGUCAAUGAAGAGGGCAUCAUUGAGAACACAUACAGGCUUUCCUGUAAUCACGUAUUCCAUGAAUUCUGUAUCCGAGGCUGGUGCAUCGUGGGAAAGAAGCAGACGUGUCCCUACUGCAAGGAGAAGGUGGACCUGAAGAGGAUGUUCAGCAAUCCCUGGGAGAGGCCUCAUGUCAUGUACGGACAGCUGCUGGACUGGCUUCGAUACUUGGUAGCCUGGCAGCCUGUCAUCAUUGGCCUGGUACAAGGCAUCAGCUACAUCCUGGGCCUGGAGUAAUCAGAAAGUACAUCAUUGGAGAACCCACCCCACCCACCAUGGACCUCAGGGCACUCUCCUUGCGCCCACAAAGACUUGGGUGGAAAAGACUCAAAGGCACUUGGGCCAUUCAGGACCUCCCCAGCUGUGUCUGGGUUGGAGGGGAAAUGAUGGAGAACCAGCCACUGGGGCGUCAGCAAUGGGGCUUUUUAAAAGAAAAUUAUUUUGAUGAAUAUAUUUAAAUUUUUUUAUUGUGGAGCAUAGGAAUUGUCCCCCACCCUCAGGCCUUACCUUGCUUGGACAGGGAGGGCAAAGCUGCCGUAUUGUUGGUUGGGAGGAGUCUUCUCACCUCUAGCUGAGCACUGGUGGGUUUUCAGGAGGCUGAGUGCUUCAGCCUACCCUUUACCUUCCCUUCCCUUCCCUUCCCUUCCCUUCCUUUCCCUCUGCAAGGCUCAAGCCUGGUUUGCACUCAGUGUAGAAGAGCUCAGACUGGUGCCAGAUUAGCACUGAGUGGUAAAGGGUCUCUUCAUCUCUGGACAUAAGAUAGGUGUUGUGUAUGACUCUGUUGCCUUUUUGUCUGGAAACUAAAGGCUGGGUGUGGUAAAAUCAAUGACUUUUCCAAUUAGGGAAGCCCUGUGGCCUCAAAAUUCACUGACUAUGUUUUGGGACAACUAGAAAUAUGAGCAGCAUGGAUAACCUGCUUUGAGCAGGUCUGUCGCCAGGCAGGGUAUAAAAGCAAUCUGUAUGUCAUUGGCCUGUGGAAGCUACUUUGGCAGCAGUGAAUGUUGCAGCUUCUUGUGCAAGUAUACCCUUCAGUCUGGAAGUGUUGACAUGUGCCAAAGGCUACUCUGCACAUCACUUCCUUCCUGAAAGCCUAAGAGUGUAUGUUUGUGUAUGCAGAGCAGACUAAUGGAUCUGUUUUCGGCCAGUCAUCAGUGUGCCCUUGAAGCUAAGUGGGGAUUCCCAGCCCAGGAAACAUCCCUCUGUAGGCUUGGUCAUUUGUGGGCUUUCCCAGGCCUGAUAUGGAGAAUGGUGAGUGCAUAGGAAGAGUAAGGCCUGAGUAAACAUGGGCCUGAAAAGGGGCUUCUGAGCAGGCCUCACUGUAGUCCUAGGAAUGUGAAGAAGUGGGAGGGCAGCAUGGGUCAGCAGCACUGGGUUUCUAGAGAAAUUUGGCCUGGCCCAUUUGAAGGCAACAAGAACCAAACAGGAUCUUGUCAUCACAUCUGAAUAAAGCUCCAUGAGCUGGGCUGGAAAGCUGGA